GCUCUCCGGGGGGGAGGCUGCGAGCAGGCCCGCCUCGCCCCCCCCCCCCGCCGCCCCUCCCUCCCUCGGCUCAGCCCGGCAGCGGCGGCGGCGGCGGCGGCGGUGGCAGUCGCGGGAGAAGCAUCAUGCCGAGGAGGAAGCAGCAGGCGCCCCGGCGCGCAGCAGCCUAUGUUUCCGAUGAGUUAAAGGCAGCCGCCUUGGUAGAAGAUGACAUAGAGCCGGAAGGGCAAGCGGCCGAUGGAGAACCCUCAGCCAAGUACAUGUGUCCAGAGAAGGAACUCAGCAAGGCCUGCCCUAGCUACCAGAACUCACCAGCCGCUGAGUUUUCCAGCCAUGAAAUGGACAGCGAAUCUCACAUCAGUGAGACCAGUGACCGGAUGGCUGACUUUGAAAGUAGUUCCAUCAAGAAUGAAGAGGAGACCAAGGAGGUCCAGGUGCCCCUGGAAGACACCACUGUGUCGGAUAGCCUGGAGCAGAUGAAGGCGGUGUACAACAACUUCCUGUCCAAUUCCUAUUGGUCCAACCUCAACCUGAACCUGCACCAGCCCUCCUCUGAGAACAAUGGUGGCGGCAGCAGCAGCAGCAGCAGUAGUAGCAGCAGCAGCUGUGGCAGCGGGAGCUUUGACUGGCACCAGAGUGCCAUGGCGAAGACCCUGCAGCAGGUGUCCCAGAACCGAAUGCUACCUGAGCCCAGCCUGUUCAGCACCGUGCAGCUGUACCGCCAGAGCAGCAAGCUGUAUGGCUCCAUCUUCACCGGGGCCAGCAAGUUCCGUUGCAAAGACUGUAGCGCCGCCUACGACACCCUGGUAGAGCUGACGGUGCACAUGAAUGAGACCGGUCACUAUCGCGAUGACAACCAUGAGACUGACAACAACAACCCCAAGCGCUGGUCCAAGCCUCGCAAACGGUCUUUGUUGGAGAUGGAGGGGAAGGAGGACGCUCAGAAGGUGCUGAAGUGCAUGUACUGUGGCCACUCCUUUGAGUCUCUCCAAGACCUGAGUGUCCAUAUGAUCAAAACUAAACACUACCAAAAAGUGCCUCUCAAGGAACCUGUCACACCCGUCGCAGCCAAAAUCAUCCCUGCUGCUCGGAAGAAACCCUCUCUGGAGCUGGAGCUGCCUAGCUCCCCUGAUUCCACAGGUGGAACCCCUAAAGCCACCCUGUCUGAUACCAGCGAUGCUCUGCAGAAGAACUCCAACCCUUACAUCACGCCAAAUAACCGGUACGGCCACCAGAAUGGGGCCAGCUAUGCGUGGCACUUCGAGGCCCGCAAGUCUCAGAUCCUCAAGUGCAUGGAGUGUGGCAGCUCCCAUGACACUCUCCAGGAGCUCACGGCACACAUGAUGGUCACUGGCCACUUUAUCAAGGUCACAAACUCGGCCAUGAAGAAGGGGAAGCCCAUCAUGGAGACGCCCGUCACGCCCACCAUCACCACCACCUUGCUGGAUGAGAAAGUGCAGUCUGUGCCACUGGCAGCCACCACGUUCACAUCUCCCUCCAGUACGCCUGCGAGUGUCUCCCCGAAGCUGACUGUGGAGAUCAAAAAGGAAGUAGACAAGGAGAAAGUGGUCCUGGAUGAGAAACCCAAGGAGAAAGAGAAGACCAGUGAGGAGGAGGAGAAGUAUGACAUUUCUUCCAAGUACCACUACUUGACUGAAAAUGACUUAGAAGAGAGUCCUAAAGGGGGACUAGAUAUCCUUAAAUCCCUCGAGAACACAGUAACAUCUGCCAUCAACAAGGCUCAGAAUGGCACUCCCAGCUGGGGCGGCUAUCCCAGCAUCCACGCUGCCUACCAGCUCCCCAACAUGAUGAAGUUGUCUCUGGGUUCCUCAGGGAAGAGCACACCCCUGAAACCCAUGUUUGGCAACAGCGAGAUUGUGUCUCCCACAAAAACCCAGACCCUGGUCUCUCCCCCCAGCAGCCAGACCUCCCCCAUGCCCAAGACAAACUUUCACGCCAUGGAGGAACUGGUGAAAAAAGUCACUGAGAAAGUUGCCAAAGUUGAGGAGAAAAUGAAAGAGCCCGAGGGCAAGCUGUCACCACCCAAGCGGGCUACACCGUCCCCAUGCAGCAGCGAGCAGAGCGAGCCCAUUAAGAUGGAGGCCUCCAGUGACGGUGGCUUCAAAAGCCAGGAGAACAGCCCCAGCCCACCAAGAGAUGUGUGCAAGGAGGUGAGCCCCUCCACAGAGCCGGUGGAGAAUGGCAAGGAGCUGGUGAAGCCCCUGAGCGGGGGACUCAGCGGCAGCACAACCAUUAUCACAGACCACCCACCAGAGCAGCCUUUUGUGAACCCCCUGAGUGCCCUGCAGUCGGUCAUGAACAUCCACCUGGGCAAGGCCGCCAAGCCCUCCCUGCCUGCACUGGACCCCAUGAGCAUGCUUUUCAAGAUGAGCAACAGUCUGGCCGAGAAGGCAGCUGUGGCCACCCCACCACCCCUUCAGGCCAAGAAGGCGGAGCAUCUGGACCGCUAUUUCUACCACGUCAACAAUGACCAGCCCAUAGACUUGACAAAAGGGAAGAGUGACAAAGGUUGCUCUUUAGGUUCAGGGCUUUUGUCCCCCACGUCCACAUCCCCAGCAACUUCCUCAUCUACAGUGACAACGGCAAAGACAUCUGCCGUCGUAUCAUUCAUGUCAAACUCGCCACUGCGCGAGAAUGCCUUGUCAGAUAUAUCCGAUAUGUUGAAGAACUUGACAGAGAGCCACACGUCAAAAUCCUCCACUCCUUCCAGCAUCUCUGAGAAGUCUGACAUUGACGGGGCCACCCUGGAAGAGGCCGAGGAGUCGACUCCAGCGCAGAAGAGGAAAGGCCGCCAGUCAAACUGGAAUCCUCAGCACCUGCUAAUCCUGCAGGCGCAGUUUGCAGCUAGCCUCCGGCAGACAUCAGAAGGGAAGUACAUCAUGUCAGAUCUGAGCCCCCAGGAGCGCAUGCAUAUCUCUAGGUUCACCGGCCUCUCCAUGACCACCAUCAGCCAUUGGCUGGCCAAUGUGAAAUACCAACUUCGAAGGACAGGUGGAACAAAGUUCCUCAAAAACUUGGACACUGGACACCCUGUGUUCUUUUGUAAUGACUGUGCGUCACAAAUCAGGACUCCUUCCACGUACAUCAGCCACCUAGAAUCACAUCUGGGCUUCCGGCUACGGGACUUAUCAAAAUUGUCCACCGAACAGAUUAACAAUCAAAUAGCACAAACCAAGUCGCCAUCAGAAAAACUGGUGACAUCCUCCCCGGAGGAGGACCUGGGGACCACCUAUCAGUGCAAGCUUUGUAAUCGGACCUUUGCGAGCAAGCAUGCUGUUAAACUUCACCUUAGCAAAACCCACGGGAAAUCGCCAGAAGACCACCUCCUGUUCGUUUCUGAGCUGGAGAAACAGUAGCGUUUGCUCCAGAGCGGAAAUGACUGGAGGAAAAAUGCUGAAGGCACCUUAAAGCCCCUCUGUCUUGUUGUUGGCACAUGUUCUUAUGUUCACUGCAGAGGAUCGUCUGGGCUGGACUGUUUGGUAUAACUGUACAGUGUUUCAUAGAGAGGUGCAUAUAAUCAGCUGUUGUUACUGGUAAAAUAACGAAGGUUAAAACGCAGUGCUAAGUGUUUGGAACUUUGUGUAAAUGGGAUUUAAUUGUGAGCAUCCCCUCGAUGCUUCGAGCUGCAUGCAUUAACAGACGGUUUAAUUAAGCAUUUAUAAGGAAGCCAGGCACACUUUUUCCAUGAGACUUGGGUGUGCUGGCAUUUCCCACCCUUUCAUCUUUAGCCCUCUGAGUACUACGAAGCACUUUUGCAUUAAUUUGGUUAAUAAAAAAGAUAAUAAUAAAACAAAAUAAUAAUGAAUAAUAAUAAUGUAUGA